AUGGAGUACCACGCCCCCGCAGCGCAGCACAUGGUGCUCUGCGCAGACUGCGGCACCCCCAUCACGCCCAACAGCGCCAACCUCUGCCUCUCGUGCCUCCGCAACAGCGUCGAUAUCACCGAGUCGAUCCCAAAGCAGGCCACCGUCAACUUUUGCCGAAACUGCGAGCGCUACCUCAACCCGCCCAUCAGCUGGGUCUCGGCACAGCUCGAGUCCAGAGAGCUCCUCGCCAUCUGUCUCAAGAAGCUAAAGGGCCUCAACAAGGUCCGCCUCAUCGACGCCGGCUUCAUCUGGACCGAACCGCACAGCAAGCGGCUCCGCGUCAAGCUGACGGUCCAGAAGGAGGUCUUCACCUCGACCAUCCUCCAGCAGAUCUUUGAGGUCGAGUACGUGGUCCAGUACGGCCAGUGUCCGGACUGCACCCGCCUCGCCGCCAAGAACACGUGGCGCGCCAUGGUCCAGGUCCGCCAAAAGGUGGCUCACAAGCGCACCUUCCUCUACCUCGAGCAGCUCAUCCUCAAGCACAACGCCCACCGCGACACGAUCAACAUCGCAGAGCGCAAGGACGGCCUCGACUUUUUCUACACCCAGCGCGCCCACGCCAUCAAGAUGGUCGAGUUUCUCUCGUCGGUGGUGCCCAUCCGCACCACAAAGUCGGAGCAGGUCAUCAGCAUGGACGUCCACACCUCGUCGACCAACUACAAGUUCACCUACAGCGUCGAGAUCGCGCCCAUCUGCAAGGACGAGCUCGUGUGCCUGCCCGCCAAGACGGCCAAGCAGCUCGGCAACAUCGGCCAGCUCGUCCUCUGCUACAAGGUGACCAACUCGCUCCGCUUCAUCGACCCGGCCACGCUCCAGAUGGCCGAGAUCCCGGCGGAAAAGUACUGGCGCGACCCCUUCCCCUCGCUCGCUGCCAUCCCCGAGAUGGUCGAGUUCCUGGUGCUCGACAUUGAGCCGACGGGGCAGUACGCCACCAAUUCGCACGGCGGCCAGAACCGAAAGUACGAGGAGGCGGAUGCGCAGGUGUCGCCGCUCAACGCCGGCACGUUUGGCGAGGCGGACGCCGUCUACCACACGCGCACCCACCUCGGCUCGAUCCUGCAGCCGGGCGACACGGUGAUGGGCUACCACCUGCGCGUGGCCAACUUCAACUCGGAGACGUGGGACUCGAUGCCGUCGGACCGCAAGCCCGACGUGGUGCUGGUCAAGAAGUCGUACCCGGAGCGCAAGAAGCGGUCCAAGAACCGCACGUGGAAGCUCAAGAGCAUGGCCAAGGAGGCCGAGGACCCGGCCGUCGAGGGCGCCGUGGGGCGCGGCGCUCUGGGACGGAGGGGAGGGUUGGACUCGCAGCGCGUCGAAAAGGACUACGAGCUCUUCCUGCGCGAGCUCGAGGAGGACGAGGAGAUGCGCCAGAACAUCAACCUCUACCGCGACCCGAAGAAGGAGGAAGAGGCCAGGAUGAAGAAGCAGCGCCUCGCCGAGCUCAAGGCGGCCAAGCUCGCCGCCCUCGCCGCCGGAGAGGAGCUCAUGGACGACGCAGAGACCGACGACGGCAUGACGACCGACGGCGAGAGCGAGUUUGGCGACGACGACGCGCCGCGCGUCCGCAUCGACGAGCUCCUCGACGACCUCGAGGAGAUGAACAUCGAGGAUGCACAGUAG